UGGGCACACGUGUCACGCACAUGUUGCGGUGGUUCUGUGCGGGUGAACCGGGCCGCGGUGCUGACGGCGGCUCAGCCCGGCGCAGGCUAACAGGCUAGCGGGCUAAAAAAGAGGGAAGCGCCGCGAGCCGGAGCUCCGAGGCUCGGUGCCGGUCCGGGAAUGAAUGAGACAGGUUCGGGUUCCGGGUCCGGGUCCGGACACGCUGUGACUCGGGUCUAAAGUUCGGAGUUGUGCCCGGACCCGGUUCGACAUGAAGCGUGUUUCCAUUUCCGCUGUUCGCGGGACGUGCCCCGGUGACGGUGACACGCUUUACGGUUGGGGGAGCAGUACUACAGAGACGCCAUGGAGCAGUGUCAUAACUACAACGCCCGGCUGUGCGCCGAGCGCAGCGUCCGGAUGCCGUUCCUCGACUCGCAGACGGGCGUGGCUCAGAGUAACUGCUACAUCUGGAUGGAGAAGAGACACAGAGGCCCGGGUGUGGCUCCAGGGCAGCUCUACACCUACCCAUCGAGGAGGUGGAGGAAGAAACGAAGAUCUCAUCCGCCAGAGGACCCACGCCUCAUCUUCCCUCCUGUGAAGUCAGAGACAGACCUCAGCCUGAAGAAGGACGCCCUGUUGUCGGCGGACGGCAGCAGUCUGGAGGCUCUGCUGAAGGCCGACCCGUUGGACAAGCGGACGACUGCCGAGCUGCGAGGCUCUGAGGAGGACUCGAACCAGAGCGACUACACCGGAGGACUGAACCCGGCCACUCGGAUCAGAAAGAGAAUCCUGGAGCCAGAUGACUUCCUGGACGACCUGGACGAUGAAGACUACGAGGAAGACACGCCCAAGAGACGAGGCAAAGGGAAGGGGAAGGGUCGUGGCGUCGGCAGCACCAGGAAGAAGCUGGACACGGCGGCUCUGGAGGACCGAGACAAGCCGUACGCCUGCGACAACUCUGUCAAACAAAAGCAUAUUUCCAAACCGUCUGAACGAGUCUGCGGGAAGCGCUACAAGAACCGACCCGGCCUGAGUUACCACUACGCCCACUCCCACCUGGCUGAGGAGGAGGGUGAGGAGAAGGAGGAGAUGGAGCUGAACGAGCCCGUCCUGCCGCUGCCCGACGAGCCCAAAACUCCAAAGAAAGGUCCGGACGGCCUCGCGCUGCCCAACAAGUACUGCGACUUCUGCCUGGGAGACUCCAAAACCAACCACAAGACGGGCCAGUCCGAGGAGCUGGUGUCCUGCUCCGACUGUGGACGCUCAGGUCACCCCUCCUGCCUGCAGUUCACGCCCGUCAUGAUGGCCGCCGUGAAGACGUACCGCUGGCAGUGCAUAGAGUGCAAGUGCUGCAACAUGUGCGGCACCUCGGAGAACGACGAUCAGCUUCUGUUCUGUGACGACUGUGAUCGAGGGUAUCACAUGUACUGCCUCAACCCGCCCAUGUCGGAACCACCAGAAGGGAGCUGGAGCUGUCAUCUAUGUCUGGACCUGUUGAAGGACAAGGCCUCCAUAUACCAGAACCAGAGCGCCCCGCCGUCGUGAUGGCCGCCCCCUCCUGCAUCACUCACCGUCCCGCCGCAGUCUGACUGACCUUCAUUUAGACGAUUAACUCUCUCAGAACCAGAACCAUCCAGAUUGGAGCAGAACUAAAUUUCACACAGAAACCGCCAAAAUCUGACUUCCUGUUCAGGUUUUUUUAUUCGCUCAGACCUGGCGUGUCCUCAGCAGGACCAGGGCUCGGUGUCGGCAUGCCUUCGCUUGCUCCUCGUGAUAAAGACGUUUUAUAAUAUUUAUAUAUUUCUAUCUAAUAGUUUGUACAGGUCGAGGAUCGAUGGUCGUGUUGCUCUUUUCAUUAGUGCCCAUCUCAUCCACGUGUUCUUUUCUGGCACUGCUGAUUUUUGAUUCACUCGAGUUUAAAGGGAUCUGAGACUGUAAAUGAUUUCCCAUCAUGCACUGCACGCCGGCCGCACGCCCAGACGCUUAAAGCUAAACAGGAAGUAGGAGAAGGGAAGUGUGGCGCUCGUGGAAGCGGCUCGAAGGCUGAAGGAGUUCAGGGAUGGCAGGUUAGACUUCAGGAAGCUUAAUGUGCUCGUUCCUUCAGACUCUGGAGCCGCUUCGAGUCGUCGUGUUUCCAGCCUCACCGCCGCGUUCAGGCAGCUGAUCAUCAUGUCGGGUUAGUUUGAUGUGAUGAGCAGCUCUGUGCUGUGAUGUGGCUGCAGGUCUGUCAGAGAGAAGCGGCUCUUCUUGUAACGCUUUCCUUCUGUGGCUCAAAGACAAAGUCUGAACUGCUGAAGCAGUCACGUUACCUCAAACACAGUCAGUAUUUCAGUCAUGGCGGCUUCAUUAAACUCUCCAGGUGAACAGGUGCAUGCUCGGUAAUUGUUUGCACUCAUGCUGCGUAGUCGUCUCCGCGUUGGGUCGGCAGAGGUGUCGGGAAGCAGUGUAAUAUAAAUUAACCAUGCUAUCAUGUCGUUUCAAUAGCCAACUAACAAUUACUAAAGCAUUACACGAGUAUAACUUGGUUUAUUUUCUCAUCACGUUAGUUCUUUAGAGGCAGCGGCGACUAGAAUACUCUGAUGGUUUUUGUAUUCAUGGAUGACGUUUGCAUUCCUGAUGCGUUCGGACUUUUUGGGAGUGGAAGUUGCUUUCUUAGUUAUUCCUGUGAUCCGGAUCUCAGCCGAGCCGUCCUCUUCCAAAGCCCGAGACGCAAAGCCCAUAAUGUGAUCAAGAGGCAAAUUGUGGAGCUGCACAUUAACGCUGAUGGACCCGGUGUUCGGACGAUUACUGUAUAUAAUUAUUUUUUUAUAUCAGAUUAUGGAUCUCUGGUGUCGAGCUUCGGGAGAGGAUCGCUCACGAGGUCACAGGUUUACAGAGUCGGUGAAUUCUCUUUGGGUGGAUUUUAAUUUGGAUUGUGAUGGAAUGUUUUAUUGUACGAAAUCUGUCUUCAGGAAAUAAAAUACUAGGCACUAUGA